AUGGAUCUGAUCAGAUUAAUUCUGCACAGACCAACCAUGCAGGAAAGAUUAAUGAAAUGGGCCAUCAGGUUGGCUCCUUUCGCGUUGCGACACCGACCUAUCAAAGCGGUGAAAGGGCAGGUUGUAGCCGACUUGUUGGCUGAAUUUGCAGGCGAUGAAUCAUUGGAAAACAAGGUAGUGCCGUAUAUAGGCAGCAGUCUUUGGAAAAUAUGUUUUGAUGGUUCUCGUUCAAAAGGAAAGUCAGGACCAAGGGUGAUACUAGAAGGACCAGGAGCUAGUAAAAUUAGUUUGCAGCUUCAAAUGGAAGAGAUGACUCAUAAUUCUGCGGAAUACGAAGCACUGAUUUUGGGUUUGGAAGCGCUUAUCGCUAAAGGAGUACAAUCGGUUCUAAUUUGUGGAGAUUCUCAACUAGUCAUCAACCAAGUGUUAAAACGGUAUGCUUGUAAAUAUCCUCAUCUGCGUCGAUACCGAGAUUUGGUAUUUCAUCUGUUAUACAAAAUUGCGGAGGUAGUUUUCGAGCAUGUACCAAGAACAGAGAAUCGGUUGGCGAAUAAUUUGGCUCAUAAUGCCUGCCAACAAAUGAUAGGGAGUACCGAUUCUGGGAUUGAUUGGAGAACAGAGAUUAUGGUGUAUUUGGAAUCACCAAGUUUUGUGACUUCUGUGGGCAUUCGAUUGAAAGCCUUGCGCUUCCAGCUUAUUGAAGGGGUUCUAUUUGCUAAGGGGUGCCAGGAAUGCCGGAGGCAUGGUCCAUUAAAUCAUCUGCCAACAGUAGAACUGCAGACGAUGGUUAAGCCAUGGCCAUUUAAAGCUUGGGCGUUGGAUGUAAUAGGGAAAAUUCAUCCGACGUCAUCGAAGCAACAUUCAUUCAUUUUGGUAGCGAUUGAUUAUUUCACCAAAUGGGUAGAGGCGGUUCCUUUGAAGAAUGCGACGCAUAAAGAGGUGAUUGAGUUCGUGCUUAAUCACAUCGUCUAUCGGUUUGGGAUUCCGCACACUCUUACAACCAAUUAA